AAUUUGUCUCAAAUUUCAAUUUGUAGAAAUUUAUGGUGAAAAUCGCAUGGUCCCUUUACAUGUGACUGUUUCUUGGCGGCGUCCUAGAGAUAAUAUAGAGAAGCAUUCACAUAUAUUAUAUGUACACGGAGUAUUUCUUGGAGCCGGGGGUCCACAGCAACAACUGAGACUUGAAGCGGACAGUGUGGUAUCGGUUCAGGAGACUUGUAGCGCCUAGACUCGGUAUCAGAUGAUCUACCAGCAUCAUAGACGACGAAACACUAGGCUAGAAAUCCUCGGGAAGAAAGGUCAUGAAGUAUUGCCGCGUGCGCUAGCCUGAAGCAACGGCGCUCAGUAGAAACGUAUGUAGGCGUAGAAGGCUCAACCCUUGAUGAAACAUGGGAUGCUGUGGCGAGGAAGACAUCAACAAGGUACAGCGUCAGGGUCACCAAGAGUAGUUGUUGUGAAAGGUUGUAAGCGGUACUUUGGGGUCUGGAAUGCCACAACGCCUGAACCGACUGUCUGCGAAGCUGUUGGGGGUCCACGGGGCGCCGAAUGA